UUUGUUUUCUCUGAUUCUGUGUUUUUAUAUUUACACGCAAGAAAGCUAAAAGUCCGCCUUGUUCACCUCCGAGGUUUUCUUUAGUUCGCUCUCUUCUUACCUCCGCACGCCAAACGGCUUCUGCUUUUUUGCUUUUUGUUUUUUGUUCCUACUUUAAUGUUCUCGUCCUUGAAAUUUCACUAUCCAAACCCAAAAGAUUCUCCCGGUUCAAAUCUCAGAUUCCGGAUUCCAAACUUUCCUGAUAAAUUACAACCGAAGCUUCAUACUUCCACAACGUUGCCGUGCUCUUUCCUCCUAAGAGCUGAGACUAAGAGAUUGAGCGUUCCAACGCAGUCUUCCACAAAGAUGGAGACUUUGUCGAGUUCCGAUGAGAACUACGAAGUGGGUUGUCGUCAAUCGCCUCGUUCCAUCGACCCAAGUGACCAGUCUGCCUCGGGAACUCCCGUUUCCUCGACGGUGAGCUCAGAUUCCUUUGUGUGUCCUCGGACAUGUUCAGAGACCUCAGGCUUUUCAGACAACAUAGAUGAUACCAACAGCUUCUGCAGUGAACCUUCUCCUUCUGAUUGGCCUGUCCUCACCAAAUCCAAGUCCGAAACUUACAGUGGGUCAGAAACAGAAAUGAAAUUGCAGAAGAAGGUGUUGGAUGUGAAUCUUGCAAUUCAAGGAAUUGCAGAACCAGAACUGGACAUGAUGAAGGAAAGGUUCGCAAAGCUUCUGCUUGGGGAAGAUAUGUCAGGAAGUGGAAAAGGGGUUUGCUCUGCAGUGACAAUCUCAAACGCCAUAACCAACCUUUACGCUACUGUUUUUGGACAGAAUCUGAGGUUAGAGCCGUUGGAUCCGGAGAAAAAGGCAUUGUGGAAGAGAGAAAUGAACUGUCUUCUCUCUGUAUGUGACUACAUAGUCGAGCUUAUUCCAAGGUCACAGAGUCUAAGCAAUGGAGCCACUAUUGAGGUGAUGGAGAACAGACCAAGAUCAGACAUACACAUCAACUUGCCUGCACUGAGAAAACUAGAUUCCAUGCUGAUAGAGACGUUGGACAGUUUCCAGGAUACAGAGUUUUGGUACGCAGAAGAAGGCAGCUUAUCAAUGAAGUCAGUGCGUUCUGCCACCGGAUCAUUCAGGAAAGUUAUUGUUCAAAGGAAGGAAGAGAAAUGGUGGUUGCCGGUUCCGCUGGUUCCAUCAGAAGGUUUGUCUGAGAAAGCAAGGAAGCAUCUGAAGAACAGGAGAGAUUGCACCAACCAGAUUCACAAAGCCGCCAUGGCUAUCAACAGCAGCAUUCUGGGGGAGAUGGACAUUCCAGAAUCUUACAUGGCAGCUCUUCCAAAGAACGGUAGGGCCAGUAUUGGAGAUUCAAUCUACCGUUACAUGAGCAGCGGAGAAAAGUUCUACCCCGAACAACUCCUUGAUCGUCUCAACAUGGCAUCUGAACACGAAGCGCUUCAGCUAGCAGAUCGAAUAGAGGUUUCCAUGUACACAUGGAGACGCAAAGCAUGUCUGAGUAACUCCAAAUCCUCGUGGAACAUGGUGAAAGAUCUCAUGUCAGGCACAUACCACCCAGACAAGAACUACAUUUUGGCAGAGAGGGCAGACACUCUACUCUUCUGCUUGAAACAGCGUUUCCCAGAGAUGGCUCAGACAUCACUAGACAUAUGCAAGAUUCAGUACAACAAGGAUGUGGGAAGAGCAGUGUUGGAGAGCUAUUCAAGAGUUCUUGAAGGAUUGGCUUUCAACAUAGUUGCUUGGAUUGAUGAUGUCCUUUACGUUGACAAGAGCAUGAGAGGUGAAGAAGUAUAGAAACCAGAUACGUUAACUUUUGAGAUAUUAUGUCUCUGUUUCUAUCUUGUAAAUCAGGUGGAUGUCAACCAAAAUCUGGAAUGGCAUAUGCAUAAAAAAAAGAAGAAAAUACCGAAAUUUUUUCAAACCUCUGACCAGAAAUAGCCAAGUAUUUUCAGGGGCGAAAACCACUACACAUUGGAUCAGGGAUUUACAGGGGCCACAAGAUCAGCAUAAAGCUACGAACUUUACUAUCCACCGGAGUCCAUGAAUAUCUAGACAUUAUGAACGCGUGACGCGAAAACCAAGGCCAACUCUCCGAAUUAUACAAGUUGUUGUUCGGGAAGGAAGUAAAGAUGGGAUCAAUAAGGAAUGAAAACGGAGAUACAUAUAGUUCUCGGGAUCAGUUUACAUAAUAAAUUGAACUGAGCAAGAACCGGAACCCAAUUAAUUAUCCCUAUAUAUAUAAUAUACACAUGGAGGGCUGCGACCGAACGCAAAGGGUUAGAAGUUAAAAUACACGCUCUCACUUGGCCAGAACCAGACCGUCAAGGACUGUCCGACGAUGCACAGGCAGACAGACC